AUGUCAGAACAGAUCCUUGCAGGCAAGACCUGCCUCGUCACCGGCGGAGCCGGCGGACUCGGCAAAGUCAUCGCCACUAAAUUCCUCGAAGCCGGCGCCAACGUGGUUAUUUGCGACGUUAACGAUGAUCGGCUGCAGCAGACCUCGACAGAGCUUUCGUCUAAGGGCCCGUUCAAAGCCAUCAAGACGGAUAUCACCAAUCAGGCUGAGGUGCAGAGCCUAUUCGACCAACUGAUUCAAGCAUUUGGCAAAAUCGAUGUACUGAUCAACAACGCCGGCAUCAUGGACAAAUUUGACCCGGUCGGCGACCUUGACUUUGAGCUAUGGGACCGCGUCAUGGCUGUUAAUCUCACGGCUCCGUUCCUGUUGAGCAAGCUCGCUGUGCGGAAUAUGCUGGAGCAGCCACAGCCUGAUGGUCGUAUCAUCAACAUUGUCUCCGUGGCUGGCAAAGCCGGAUGGGCAGCCGGCGCUGCCUACACCUCUAGCAAGCACGGUUUGGUCGGUUUGACCAAGAACACCGCUUCGUUCUACGGCAACAAGGGCAUCCGCUGCAAUGCUCUCAUGAUGGGCGGGAUGCAGACUAACAUUGCCGAUUCGCUCAAGACUGGCAUGAACAUGGAUGGGUAUGGGCUUGCGGCUCCCAUCCUGGAAGCUGUCAAAGCGCCUCUGGUUGACCUGGAUGAGGUUGCUGGUUUCUGUCUGAAUAUGACUUACGGCAAGGGGGCUUCUGUUAUCAACGGUGCAUGCAUCUCGCUUGAUAAUGGCUGGACUGGUAUGGUUGGUUGA